AUGUCGCAGCCAACCCAGAUCAUGGCUCCUCAGCAGCUGCCGCCUCCUCAUGUCUCGCCCAAGAAGACAUGGGGCACCAAGAUCGGCUUCCGCAUAGCUUCAUUCAUCUUCUGCAUUAUCCUUAUUGGCCUCUCUGCGCACCAGACUACUUCCCGUUAUUACGAUGGGGUUUAUGCGCUCGUGUUCAUGGUGCCUCCGGCCGCAUUCUCAGCAAUCUGGAAUGUUGCGGAGGGUAUAUGCAUUCUGGUGCGUCGGGGACGUCGAGGCAUGCACCCUGCCGCCAUCGUCAGCAUCGAUCUUCUCUUGUGGCUCGCCUACGUUGCCCUCACCAUAACGUACGCGCUGUUUGGGUUUUACGAUGGCUAUUACUACUACUAUGACUCCUACUACAAUUCGAGAUACAACACACCCGGCACCAUCCAGGCCAUAGUGGCGUUCGGAGCUCUCGAAGUUAUCUGCCACUUCAGCCUGUUCGUCAUCGGCUGCGUCGAGACCAACAUCCGCAACAGAGCCGGCCCCCAGAUCGUCUACUACGCCGCUCCCCCCGGCAUGCAGGUCGUUCCCUUCCCGCCCAACGGUGCCUUCCCCGCCCCGGGCCAAGGCGUUGCGGUGCCCCAGAACGCCUACUUCCAGCCUGCCCCGAACGGCUCCUAUCCUCCCCAGCAGCCGCAUUAUUCUUGGGCUCCGGCCCCGGCUCCCGCUGGCGUGUCUCCCCAGUCGAACGCCGCCGUGCCGCACAAGGAGGGACCUUGA